AGCACUGUAGCCUCUGCCACGCGCACAGGCUGGGGCUCGAGCUCUCUAAUGGUCAUAGCCCACACGCCCAGCACUGCGAUGCUGCUACCUGGUAAAGGGCGGAAAAAAGAUCCAAGCUCCCCAUGACAGUAUCGCCAGAAUGGUCAAGAAAUCCGGUAACGGCGGGGUUUACCCAGGUCCACCUGCGGAGAAAAAGCUCAAAGUCGGCUUUGUUGGGCUUGAAGCUGGGGCUACGGACUCGAACAGAGAUGGGGCGCUGCUCAUAGCAGGUGCGGAUGCCGAGGCAACAAAGCGAGGCAGCAUCCUAAGCAAACAGAGAUCCAGCCUCUCUGGCAAACCGAAACCUCCAAAGAGAAAUGCUUUCUACAGAAGACUGCAGAAUUUUCUUUACAAUGUUUUGGAGAGACCAAGAGGAUGGGCAUUUAUUUACCACGCAUACGUUUUUCUGCUCGUCUUCUCCUGCCUGGUUCUCUCGGUGUUCUCCACCAUUAAGGAGUAUGAGAAGAGCUCAGAAGAUGCCUUGUAUAUACUGGAAAUCGUGACCAUCGUGGUGUUUGGGGUGGAGUACAUCGUGAGGAUCUGGGCCGCUGGAUGCUGCUGCAGGUACAGAGGAUGGAGAGGCCGUCUGAAGUUUGCCCGCAAGCCCUUCUGUGUGAUCGAUGUGAUGGUCCUGAUCGCGUCCAUCUCCGUCCUGGCGGCUGGAACCCAGGGGAACGUGUUUGCUACAUCGGCCAUCCGGAGCUUGAGGUUUCUGCAGAUCCUGCGCAUGAUCCGGAUGGACCGCCGUGGGGGCACGUGGAAGCUCCUCGGGUCUGUCGUCUAUGCUCACAGCAAGGAACUGAUAACGGCUUGGUACAUUGGUUUCCUCUGCCUCAUCCUGGCCUCCUUCCUGGUCUACCUGGCGGAGAAAGAAGACAACGAGCAGUUUGCCACGUACGCCGACGCACUCUGGUGGGGUCUGAUCACCCUGACCACCAUUGGGUACGGAGAUAAGUUUCCCAUAACGUGGAAUGGACGUCUUCUGGCCGCAACCUUCACCUUAAUUGGAGUGUCCUUCUUUGCGCUUCCAGCAGGUAUCUUAGGCUCUGGAUUUGCGCUGAAGGUCCAGGAGCAGCAUCGACAAAAGCAUUUUGAGAAGCGGCGGAACCCUGCAGCUGGACUUAUUCAGGCUGCGUGGCGCUUUUAUGCCACCAAUCUCACCCGGCCAGACCUGGAGUCGACGUGGGAUUACUAUGAGCGCACCGUAUCCGUGCCGAUGUACAGUAGACUGAUUCCUCCUCUGAACCAGCUGGAUCUGCUGAGAAAUCUGAAGAGCAAGUCGGGAUUAUCAUUCAGAAGAGAAACCCCACUGGAACCCUCACCAAGUCAGAAGGUCAGCCUGAAGGAGCGCGUGUUCUCCAGUCCGCGGAGUUCAGGCGCCAAAGGGAAAGGCUCCCCCCAGGGUCCCAGCGGACAAGGAGGUCAGAGCCAGGGCCAGGGUCCGGGAGUCCAGGCCCAGGGACAACCCAUCCGCCGGUCCCCCAGCGGGGACAACAGCAAUGAAGACAGCCCCAGCAAAGUGCCCAAGAGCUGGAGCUUCGGAGAACGGAGCCGGGCUCGCCAAGCCUUCCGCAUCAAGGGUGCCGCCUCGCGACAAAACUCGGAAGUGCUGAUUGAGAUGCAGGAUGAAGAAUUCAGACAGAAGAGUUCGCCAGCAAUCGAGGGGUUGAUCAAAGCCAGCCUCCCUGGAGAGGAUAUAGUGGAUGACAACAAGAGCUGCCACUGUGAAUUUGUUCCUCAGGACUUAACUCCCGGACUCAAGGUGACCAUCAGGGCAAUUUGCAUUAUGAGAUUCAUGGUCUCCAAGAGAAAGUUCAAAGAGAGUCUGCGGCCAUAUGAUGUGAUGGACGUCAUAGAGCAGUAUUCAGCCGGUCACUUGGACAUGCUGGCCCGAAUCAAAAACCUCCAGUCCAGGAUAGAUAUGAUUGUCGGUCCCCAGGGACCCUCAACUCCCCGCCAUAAGAAGUAUCCAUCUGACGGACCCAAAGACUCACCCAAAUACUCUCCUAGAGUUGACCAGAUAGUUGGUCGAGGUACGCCGGUCCCCGACAAAGACCGUCCUAAAGGAGCUGCUGAUGGGGGGAUGGAAGAGGACCCAAGCAUGAUGGGUCGUCUGGGAAAGGUGGAGAAGCAGGUCAUGUCAAUGGAAAGGAAGUUGGAUUUCUUAGUGAACAUCUACAUCCAGCGCAUGGGCAUCCCCCAGUCGGAGACAGAUGCCUACUUUGGGUCUAAGGAGCCCGAACCAGCACCACCCUACCACAGUCCUGUGGACCACAUGGAGAAGAGUGGCUCUAUCACCAAGAUCAUCCGCUCCAACAGCUCCACUGGGCAGAAGAACUUCGACCCCCCACCAGCCUGUUCCGGCCCGGGGUCCCACUGCCCUCCCUCCACGUCGUGGCAACAGCAUCCGGUCACCGAGUUCCACCAGCGCAGCCCGGGCAACUCACCGUCUCCAGUAGGUGACUCCUCCCUGGUGCGCAUCCCUCCUCCGCCGGCCCACGAGCGCUCCUCCGGCGGCCACAGCGGCAGCAAUCGGGGGUCUCACCGUAACGGCGGCGGCGGAGGCUGCGGCGAGGGGGAUCGGGAGGGCAAGCCCGACAGCGACACGUCCAUCUCCAUCCCGUCGGUGGACCACGAGGAGCUGGAGCGCUCCUUCAGUGGCUUCAGCAUUUCCCAGUCAAAGGAGAACCUGGACUUCUUGAACAGCAGCUACUUUGGUGGCGUCGCCCGCUGCGCCAAGGUCCGGCCUUACAUUGCAGAAGGUGAGUCCGACACUGACUCGGACCUCUGCGCCCCCUCACCACACUCCGCCCCCGGGGGGGGCCCUUACGGGGACCGAGGAUGGUCAGGCACCAAGUAGGUAAACAUGGAAACCCCUCGUAUGAACAGGGUCGCGGUUCCUCUGCCUUGGGAGUCAGAGCUGUGGGUCUGAUAUGCUGGAUGUGAGACAAUGCCCACCAGUGGUUCUGAAUCCCCCAAAUGGUCUUUUAGGACUUUGACGAAACGGCAGAAUAAGGGUUGUCAGACCCCACUUCAGCCAUUUUUACCGACAAUAGGCGGCUGUUGUUUUCAUACUGGAAAUGUUGGAGGCAACUAAAAGCAGUCACAUGUUGCCGUGAGUUGACACUGAAAUCAAGAUAAUGUUUGCCAGUGAUUGUUUUGAUUUUGAAUGCAGAUUUAUUGCCAAUCUUGCAUACAAACAUUGAGACGGCUGAUGAGUAACCGAUCUAUCUACUUUUGUUGCAUUAUCUUUGCUACGUGGCAUAAGUGAAAUUGCAUCUAAAAUGUUAUGGAGUAUUUCUAUGCCAAAUUCCUUUGUUAUUUACAGCGGACAGCAGAGGACAAAGGGUUGAAAAUACAUUACGGCUCUAAACCAGGGGGAUGAAGGUACAUUUGACAUGUUCCAUGUGCACUUUGUUUGGUUGUAGUUGUUGUCCACAACCCUUUAAGGUUUCUGUGAAUACAUGUGCAAAAUCUCUGGUAAUAUUCACAUCAUACUACUAACUUUAUGAUUGUACAUACUGUAUAUCAAUUAGAAACCCACAAAAUUUAAUUUGUGAUAUCCACAAAUUUGCUUUCCAUGUGCACAAUCUGUCAAUA